AUGGCUACGGAUGGCAAAUGUUUUUUCCCGAAUGGCCUACAGGCUACCGGCAAUUCUCCUUGCAAUGUACACGCGACAAAUAGCGUUUGUUGUGCUGGCGGUAUUGGCAGUAGUUGUCUCGCCAAUGGACUGUGUCGUAAUGGAGAUGGACAUCAAAUUCGGGGUGCUUGCACAAAUUCCAACUGGGAUGGAUGUCUGGACAUUUGUCUUGCCGCAUCGACUGGUGGCACCGAUGUUAUCUCGUGCCAAAACUCUACCAACACAGACACCUCAUUUUGCUGCGAUCAUGUCUCGUUGUGUUGUGACAGUGGCAUUGGUCGGUUCGAUCUACUGCCUCGCGAGUCCUUUAUCUCUGCCACUUGGAACUCUGCAAGCACGCAAUUUGUGGUCAUCUCGGCGGUCUCAUCUACCGUGGCUACCACAAACUCUCGGUCCACUGUCAGAACAUCGUUGGCGAGUUUAAUAACCACUUCAACACUUCAACUCUCCUCGGAAAGAAGCCAAACGCCCGCUUUCACGAGCUCUGAUUCUACCACAAUUGCAGCCGGCAUCAGCACUAGUUCUGCAACAGGCACCGCUUCUGUCUCGAGGGGACCUUUUUUGAGCGUCGGGGCGAAAGCGGGGAUAGGGGUCGGUGUAAUUGCAGGUGUUUUUGUAGCUGCACUUGUUGGAUAUCUGAUGUGGAGGUUACGUGCAGUGAACGUAGCCCUUAUCAAGGAGAAUGUUCCCUCAAAGUUGGACCAACCAGAUCUACAAUUACAACAGGCCGAGAUAACAGCAAACAAGCCAGGACUUUCUUACAAUCAGAUGCAUGCUGUACCUAUAAGUGAACUAGAUAGUACGACUAAUUAUAGGCAGCUAGAACUACCUACCUAG